AUGUGUGUUUUAAAACCUGUAGAUCUGGAUGACACCCUAUAUCCUGUUAGCUCUGGUUUGGCAGCAGCUUGCAAAACCAAUAUACAAGCUUAUAUUGCUGAAAGGCUUGGGAUAGAGAAGAGCAAAAUCCCAGAGCUGAAUAACCUUCUUUACAAGAAUUAUGGAACAACAAUGGCUGGUCUCAGGGCUAUUGGCUUUGUUCAUGGGAGAUUGCCUUAUGACAAUCUGAAACCUGAUCCCAUUUUGAGAGGCCUUCUGCUGAGCCUCCCCGUCAGGAAACUUAUCUUUACCAAUGCAGACAGAAUUCACACAGCCAAAGUACUUAACAAACUUGGAUUAGAAGACUGUUUUGAAGGCAUCAUCUGCUUUAAAACCCUCAAUCCCACUCAAAGAGGGCCUGUUUCUGCAGGUGAAAAACAGGAUUCAAGCAGUGAAAUCUUUGACAUAAUUGCCCAUUUUUCUCAGCCAAGCCCUUUGAUUGGGUUGCCCAAAACACCCAUUGUCUGUAAACCAUCAGAAGCUGCCAUUGAAUGGGCCCUCAAAAUGGCAAAUAUUGACCCCCAAAGAACAAUAGUGUCCGCAAUCUUCAAGCAGGCAAGCGACUUGGGCUUCAAACUGUGCUGGUUGGCACUUCCCAGAGAAGCAAAGGAGCAGAUUAUGCAGUUGAAAGCAUCCACAACAUAAAGGAAGCAAUUCCAGAGCUUUGUGAAGUUGAAAUGAAAUCAGAAAUCAAUUACUCUCCCAAUAAUAAAGUAGCUGUGCAGACUUCUGUGACAGCUGUUGUGGCAGUAACUUUACUACAUGGAAAAGGGAAAAGAAUUUCACGGCUUUGAUAGCCUAUUUAAGGAGUCCUCCUCUUUGCUUUACGCAUGAGUGAGUUUGUGGGUAUCCACCUCUAGUCCAAAUAUUUUCUAAUUAAUUUCUAUUUGGAAAUUAGUUUUAGUGAGUUUAAUAUUAGCUUAGUCCGAACCAGGUAAGUUUUCUUUGUCCAUUUUUAUCUCUUUAU